UCUCUAGAUUCUUCUCUGAAGCAGAAAUUCAAUAGUUUCACGCAAUUCAGAAAAAAAAAAAAAAAAAAAAAACAGCAGCAUCGACAAUGGGGUGGGUGUGGCAGAACGAUGGCGAUGAUGAUUCCAACCGUAUUUCCUCCUCCGCAGGUGACCUCGGCGAGUUUCGUGGCUCCUCAAACCCUAACGGUAACGGCGGCAGCGGUCCCUCCGCCACCCGAAAAGUCGUGACUUCACAGUGCCGAACGGAGGAAGUUGAGCCUGGGAAAUUUGUCCGCAAGUGCGAGAAAACAGAGAAGGUUUUCAAAGACUGUGUUGGCAGGCCCAGUGAGAUGAUAAAAUCUGUCAAAGAGUAUACUGAGUAUGAUGUGACAGACCAAAUGGAUAAAGGUUCAUCUCCAUUCGAGUCGGCAGAGCAUGAUGGACCAGCUCACUUUAAUGGCUUGCGUAAUGAUAUUGAAGCUAUCGAACGUAGUUUAUUGGGUGGGAUUGGCCGAUUUUUUGAAGCAGCUGAAGAGAUGAAGAACGAGUUCUUCAAUUCAGUUGGGGUUCCUCCGCACAUAUACGAUCGCGAUUCUCUACCGACACCCCACAACAAGGGUGGCGGAAUUCACAUUGAAGGUGGUCCCAAUCAUAAAGAAGCUCUUCCCGAGAAGAAUUCUGAUGGAGAUAUUGAUCUUUCCGGUUUGGCUAGAGAUGUUUGAUCUUUUGUGAAUAGAGUGACUAAAAUCCCUUUUUUGCCCAAUUUCAAAGUAGCAAGUUAAGUUUUUCUUAGUGAUUUUUUUACUGCUGCGAUCGCUAAGUUUAAGUAGUAAUCAACAAUCGAGGAUUAAAAACUGUCGUGUUUCUUAGUUAGGUCUUUUUUGCAAUAAUCUCGGUGGUUUACCAUUUCGGAGUAGAGAAUUGUAAAAGUCUUACUCAAUUUCUUGUGUAAAUUACAGGACAAUAUUGACCACGUUGAGUUGAAUUCACGGUGGAAGAUCAUCUCACGCGACAUUCAUUAUUUA